AAAAUGUAACAUUUUUGUGACCCUCAUACACCAGAAACAAGAUUUUUGGUUUAGAGUUUUUUCUUUUUAAUUAUCAACUUGAUAUAUAUAUCUUCUUUUUUUUUUGUAUUCUUGGUAUUUAUGUUGAAGCUAUAUCUUAUGGCUUCUAAUGGAUAUCUUCCAACACUUGUGUUUAGCCCAGAACAAGGAUUGAAUAAAAUACCAAAGGACUCUCAACGUCUGUUACCUAAUUUUGAACCGCGAGAAGAUGUCAUACGAUCAAGUCCCCUCAAUAUGGGAACACGGCAGAAUGCAGAGCCCUGGAAACCAACAAGUGGGUUAUUCGACAACAAUUGUUUCGUCACAAUCAACCCGACUGUUAUAAAGCCAGCGCUUAUCGACAUACAAGAUUGUUGUCCAAAGUCAACACUGUUCAGCUUUCAGUUUCCUGUGUCUGGAUUAAUUGAAGUAGAAAGAGAUGGACGAGAUCUACUAUCACUUUCUGACCUAACAGGACUUCAAACUGUAACAACUGAUUACAAACCAUAUAUUCCUGAUAUGGGUCUUGCGGAAUCUCAACUUGUUUUUCCAAACCUUGAAAUUGAUUCCCCGAAACCAUUAAUGGAUUUUGUUGGUGAUUUGGUUCGACAUUCCGAAAUUACAUUUCAUGAAGAUGGACAAAUAUCAUUGACUGGUACUCGGACUCAGAUGAAAGACAUACUUUCAGUUCUUGCUGAGUUUUACUUGUCAAAAAACUCCACCAACUGGAGGAAACAAUCAGUCGUGCCACAGUUCAAUAGGCUAGACUAUGAAACGAGCUAUUAUGGUUCUGCGUUGGAGCUUGAAAAUGUGAUUGUCGCUCCUCCAAAGAGCCCGGAGAAAAUCAAACACAAGACAUCACAAAAGAAAAAAGGAAGUCGUAACAAGACAUCAAUCAGACAAAGAAGUAACUACAGUCAAGCUUGUGAAAGCCUUCUAUCCAUCAUAGUUGACAAAAACAGAAACGUAGCUGCUAUCCCCACACUAAAGAAAUCAGGUCCUGAGCUACCAAAUCUCCUUACACAAUUUUCAGCCAGCAUUGCAGGAACGGGCAUUGCAGUUCUUUUCUCGGUUAUGUGUAAAGUAGCAAGUGGCAGAGUGCCAUUCUGCUCAUCAAAACUUCUGAACACUGGCCUUGGGCUUGGCCUGGUAUGGCUUUCAUGGGCGGUUAACAGAUUGAGAGAUACAAUUGUGAUGAUUAACAAGAACUCAAACAAGAAAAAGGGUUUGAAAGAUGAAGAAAUGAUGAAGAAUUUGGACAGAAGCGUGAAGGAUAUAUAUUUUAGAGCUGCAACAUUGAUGGCAGUGAUGGUGCUGAGGCUGGCUUGAAGAUUAUAUAUAGACAGACAGAUUCAUGUGAAAAUGUAUGCUGGUGUAAAUCUUGGAGGGGAAAAUAGGGAAGUUGAUGCUUAGACAACUUUUGGUCAUUUGAUGUGGAGUUGAUCUUUGUUUUUGAUCAAAUUUUGCCUAAAAUAAGUACUCUAAUUGAAAAGAUACAUUCUGGGUUGAGCACUAAAAUUGCAACAAUAUUUUUUGUAACA